AAUGCAAAUAAACUAGACUCGAUGUCUAAAAAGAAUUAUUAAAAGUGGGCUAGCCUAGCACAAUAAAGAUAUUUAAUCUUAUCCAACAUCAGUUUAAAGAUCUAGAUCUAUAUUAGACUAAAUGAUUUUGGUGGAGCAGAUUCUCGGCAAGAAAAUUGUGGGCUCUCAAUCACUCUUUCUUGUACGCUGGAGAGGAUUCUCAUCUGAGCAUGAUUCAUGGGAGCCUUACAAAAAUUUAAAAUCUUGCAAACCGCUCAUAAAGCUUUUUAAGCAAGCUAAUAAAUCCUCAAGGAACAAAACUGAAUCAGUUUUACAAAACAUUGUUCCAAAUGUUCCUGAACAAAAAUUUGAUUCCAAAAAUCUAAGCUCUGACUUAAUGGGCACUAAGGUCAAGUCUGUCAAGAGAAUUAAAUCCCUUAGACAAAAGAAAUUAUUGGUUGGUGACAACAAUACAGCAAGGCCAGUAAAAGUGAGGAAACUAAACUUAGUUUCUAAAACCAAAAGUUUGCCAAACACAGAAAAUAUUGUACAGUCCACAGAGAAUCGAUCUAUCAACACUCAGGUUUCAGCAAUUUUAAAUAACAUUGUUGUACAUGAAUCCCUUAAAAAAGCGAAAAAAAGGAAAUUAACUGAGAAUGAACUUAGAAGCUCUAAGAAAAUUCAAAUCAUCCCAAAACUUAGUAAAAACAGAAAAUCUGAAUUUGUUACAAGGAAAAAGCCUAAAGUAAUAAAAAAUAGAAUUGACAGUCAAACCGAAUCAGAACCUUUAAAAAGGCGCCUCAGAAGGGAAUCGUCGCCUUCAAAAGGUAAAAAUAGCAUUACAGAGUUCGUACUUUCAAAUGAACAAGUUCGGAGUGAUCAAGCAUUACAGUUGAAAGAACACGUCAAUAAUGAUGACUCACUAAAUUUGAAUGGACAAAAUUGUAGCUUAGAAUCAUUACCUCUAAAAGAGUUGAGCAAGAGCAGAGAGUCUCAUAUCAAUAGUGGCGACGUUGAAAGUGAUGAUGACAUUCUCUACUCUCUAAAUCCUGACUGUGAUACAAGCAAAAUAAAGAAUAGACUAUCCAAAACUAAACUCAGUUUAAGGAAGAGUGGUGCUAAGGAGAAAACAAACUCAUCCAAAUCUACAUCAUCUGUGAUUCACAAUCAGAACUCCAAAUCAGGGCUUGGUAAAGAUAAGUUGAAAAAAUUUGCAAGGAAGAGAAAAAGUUUAAGUCUAAUAGAUUCCAAGAAAAAAUCUAAAGAUUGGUUGUCAAAAUCAGGGUUGCUACGUUCUGCGUCUCCUCCCCCUUUCUUCACUUCAGUCAAACACAUGAUUGGCAGUAGCGAUAGAAUGGAUCCGUCAGUACUUCAGGGCCAUUCUUUGCCAGACCAAAUCUCACCCGAAGCUUCUGAAACCUAUCUGGCAGAUGUACCAUCUUCAUAUCCCGUUGCUGCAGAAGAGCCCCUGGUUAAUGAGCAAACUAUCAAUGCUGGAUCUCUCUCUUAUAAAUCUCUAUUAGACUGUCUCCCUGAACAGUUGCACCCUGGGCACAAGAAUGACAAGAAGGUUAAAAAUGGAGCUAGCGGCAGUGACUGCAGCAGUAGCAGUGGAGCUGGGGGUAGCCUCUUCAGUACGACUUUGUCCAGCUCCUUCGGAGGUGAAUCUGUGGAGAGGAGGACCAGCGUCAGGUCGACAGAGUGUGCAUUCCGUUAUAAGCAGAUAGUUGUCAAAAAGUGCUUACGUUAUACCCAGAUAUGGUUGAACACGCAGACCGUCAUGCAGAAUGCUUUGAAUCCUCAGGUCAUCCAAGAAAUUGUCUCUGCUUUGAACUCUGCCAAGUACGAUGACAGCCACUUAGUUUUGUUCUCAAGUUUAGGCAAUGUUUUCUGUUCUGGUACUGAUCUUCAUUUCUUAGUCUCUGGAGAUCGUAAAAUGGCAGCACGGCAAAUGACGGACGCAAUAAGAGAAGUGACCAAAACCUUCAUUACAUUCCCUAAGCCUAUCAUAGCCGCUGUGUCGGGUGCUGUCGUAGGACUGGGUGUGUCGCUGCUCGCUCUAUGUGAUGUGGUCUAUGCCAGUGAUAAAGCUUCUUUCCAUUUCCCUUACUCCCAGCUUUCUCAAACACCAGAAGGUUGUUCCUCAUUCACACUCCCUUUAACUGUAGGACUGCCUUCAGCCAAUGAGCUACUAUAUGGAGGUAGAAAGAUUACAGCCAUGGAGGCCUACCAGCAGGGAUUAGUCUCUCAAGUCUUCUGGCCCACUCUCAUGAUGCAAGAAGUCAUCCCUAGAACUCAAAACAUGGCCAAUUGUUCAGCCAAGGCUCUUGAAGCUACAAAACUUUUAAUUCGGAGUCACCAUCGAACCAAAAUGGAACUGACCAAUGAGACUGAAUGUAACCUACUACUGGAGAGGUGGACAUCAACUGAAUGUCAAAGGACAAUUGAAGCCUAUAUUAGUAAUGAGAAAAAUUUUACAUUUUAAUGUUACUUCUUCUGACAUUGUAUAUAGAUGUAUAUAAAUGUUGAAUGUAAUUAUCAUGCUCUUUCAUUAGGACAUUGAGAGACAGUGAGUGUAAAUGUUUCAUGCCCAACUCACAUUCUGUAAUAGACUUGUGGACAUUGUGUAUGUUAUCUUUGUGAGUUAGUGUGUAACACUUGAUUGACCACUGCACAGUAGCUGGUUUGCACAUCAUCGCAGUGCUUUGACCCCCUCUCUUUCUGUUUGAUAUUUGAAAGCCCAAACUUUUCAUUCUGUUUUGAAAAUUUGUUCUAGUCGUGCGUCCUCCUGAAAUAGCUUAAUAGUUUGAUGCCAGUUGUAAGCAGUGAUUUCAUUCUAUUACAGUUUAGUUUGGGGACACGGCGGCUAAGGGGUUAAGAGCAUGACUUACAAGCGAGGGAUCCAGGGCUCAAAUCUCGCUAAGACUGGAAUUUUGAAUUCUUAGGGUGCCUCUCCCGAGUCCACCCGACUGAAAUGGGUACCUGACUUUAGUUGGGGGGAAAGUAAAGGUGUUUGGUGGUUUUGCUGGCCACAUGACACCCUACUCCUAAACCGUUGGCUAAAGAAAGGGAUGACCUUAACAUCAUCUGCCACAAGGUCUAAAAGGGUAACCUUACUUUUUUUUUUUCUAGAGUUUGGUUUAUCUUAAAAUUGUGGCUUGACUAGCAAGACUGAUCUAAAAUAGCAUCUUUGGUGAGAAACAUGAUGAAGUUGCUUAAAAAUACAAACUUUACAUGGGGGAAAGGGGGUGUGGUGGCUGAGCGGUAAAGCGCUUGGCUUUUGAACCAGAGUUCCCGGGUUCAAAUCCUGGUGAAGACCUGAGAUUUUUUAAAUUUCGGGAUCUUUGGGCGGCUCUGAGUCUACCCAGCUCUAAUGGGUACCUGACAUUAGUUGGGGAAAAGUAAACACGGUUGGUCGUUGUGCUGGCCACAUGACACUCUCGUAAACCGCAGGUCGCAUAAACAGAUGACCUUUACAUCAUCUGCCCUAUAGACCACAAGGUCUGAAAGGGGAACUUUACUUUACUUUUUACAGAGGGAGAGGUGGGGUUUGAAAGUCUUUAGUAAUCUAUCCGAUCACAUAGCAGUUAAGUUCAAAUAGUUUUGAAUGAUUAUAUUUCAUUUCAUGCCAUUUUGUAAAUCUAUAUUUUGACUCGUACACUUCAAGGCUAAGAAAUUAAAUGUUUGAAGAUGGGAAAUAUAAUGGCCUUUCAAGAAUAUACAACAAAGAAUUGUUCCAUAGAGAAGAGAAAAAAAGUUUCAUUGGUACGGUAUCAAAGAUUGAACAAGCCUAUCAGAUUAUUAUUUGCAGACAGUAAAAAUAGCAGAUGGUCCUAAAGAGGUCAAAGAAUUUAUAAUGCGCUUCAUCAGACCUCUCCAUAAAGUAUGAAAUCAAGAAAAGUCUCAUGUAGUCCAGUUGCAAGUUUUUGUUAGGUUCAGGAAUAAAGAAAAAUGUCAAAAGCAGGCUAUAUAUUUACCUAAGGUUUUAAUUAACAUUAAAAUAAUUUGUGACAUUUGCAUAAAACAGACUUGGGACUCAAAAGAUUUGAACAUUUUAUAAAUGUUACAGUCUCCCUAUAGAAUUGUAAUAAGGAGUGUUGAUUUUCUGCAGACCAUAUUUUCAGCUUAGUCGUAGUGCCUUGUAUAAUUGGUGAUUAGUCUACAACUUUUAUUUCUCAAGCCUGUCCCCUGAAAUAAGUAUCUUGGUAAGAACUUAUACAAUAUUUUUCUAUUUGUUACUAGCAUGAUGUGGGCCAUUGACUUUUAUUUGUUUCAAUACUCCUUUUAAGUACUGUGUAUUUGAUGAUGACAAACCAUUACAUGUGCAUGAAUGUAAUCUAAUUUAGUAUCUUGACUGUAAAUAUUUUGAAAUGUUAACAUGGGGCUUGAGUGGUCAUUCUUUUAAUGUAGGAGAGUGUAUUGAUCUUGUCUUUCAGGUCUUGUUUAGAAUGUUUAUUUUCAUUGAUCUUGUGAUAGGAAAGUUGGGUUGGAUUGAUGUCUGGGUUGUCUUCCCUACACUGUGUCUGGAGCCUCUUCUCAACGCGUUCAUCAUUAGCCUUGUUGUUCAUGUUGAGCUGGUUUUAAUAGAAACGGAUCUGUUGUUAUAUGUUGUGGUGGCAUUUUAUUCAUCCAGACUUUGAGAUGUUGAAAACUACAGGAUUGUCACUCAGAACUCACUACCAGUACUUAGUGAUAAUCUUGGCUUACCCAAAGGUAGCCAGACAGUAGACAGAUAGUCAAUAAACAUUAUCAAACUUCUUGUUUACUUUACUUUAAUGGUGCUACACCUUUCUAUUCUAUAUUUAAGAGAUUGACAAUGAACAUUAUACUUCUUAAUGACACAUAUACAAUAGUCUGUAUAGUGCUAGUAGAGAAAGGAAAUCCUGCAAUUAAAUGUUAGUAAUCUCAGUUGGUAAUCUGUGGGUAUUCAGAUAUUGUUGAUAAUAAUGAAUCAAAGUUCAUUAAUCACCAGAUUACUUUAACUUUUUGUUAAUUUUGCUACAUCUUUCUAUCAGAUAUUUAGUGCCAACGUUAUUAUGCAAAAUAAAAAAAGAAAUUCAGUUGUUUCAGUAGCACAUACACUAGUACAGCCAGGAGGUACACUAGUACAGCCAGGAUUUGGUAUUCACAUAAUGUGUGCUGAUUAAAAGUGUGUACCAAAAGCACCAUACAUCAGUUAUCGUCUGGCUUUACCAUCAAGAUCUCUAGAUGGAUAAAUUCCUUUUCAAAUUUUGGGCUGUCAGGUUUUUUUUCUUCUUCUAUGUCAUUUCUAAGGUGGUUGAUGAGAAGGUUGUGGGUUUGAGUCUGUGUACCUGUACUUGCUGGGUGGAAUCAAGCUCUUGAAAUGUUUUUGUUCUAAAUAUUUUUCUUGGAAGUUUACAAGCUAGACUUUCAUUACAUUGCUAUUGUGAAGUGUCAUCUCUUCUGUCAGUAACUAGUUGAACCAUUUCAUCUCUUUCCUGUCAGUAACUAGUUGAACCAUUUCAUCUCUCUGCUGUCAGUAACUAGUUGAACCAUUUCAUCUCUCUGCUGUCAGUAACUAGUUGAACCAUUUCAUCUCUCUCCUGUCAGUAACUAGUUGAACCAUUUCAUCUCUCUGCUGUCAGUAACUAGUUGAACCAUUUCAUCUCUAUCCUGUCAAUAACUAGUUGAACCAUUUCAUCUCUCUCAUGUCAGUAACUAGUUGAACCAUUUCAUCUCUCUCCUGACAGUAACUAGUUGAACCAUUUCAUCUCUCUCCUGUCAAUAACUAGUUGAACCAUUUCAUCUCUCUCCUGACAGUAACUAGUUGAACCAUUUCAUCUCUCUCCUGACAGUAACUAGUUGAACCAUUUCAUCUCUCUCCUGACAGUAACUAGUUGAACCAUUUCAUCUCUCUCCUGUCAGUAACUAGUUGAACCACUUCAUCUCUCUCCUGUCAGUAACUAGUUGAACCAUUUCAUCUCUCUCCUGUCAGUAACUAGUUGAACCAUUUCAUCUCUCUCCUGUCAGUAACUAGUUGAACCAUUUCAUCUCUCUCUUGUCAGUAACUAGUUGAACCAUUUCAUCUCUCCUGUCAGUAACUAGUUGAACCAUUUCAUCUCUCUCCUGUCAGUAACUAGAUGAACCAUUUCAUCUCUCCUGUCAGUAACUAGUUGAACCAUUUCAUCUCUCUCCUGACAGUAACUAGUUGAACCAUUUCAUCUCUCUCCUGACAGUAACUAGUUGAACCAUUUCAUCUCUCUCCUGUCAGUAACUAGUUGAACCAUUUCAUUUCUCUCUUGUCAGUAACUAGUUGAACCAUUUCAUCUCUCUCCUGUCAGUAACUAGUUGAACCAUUUCAUCUCUCUCCUGUCAGUAACUAGUUGAACCAUUUCAUCUCUCUCCUGUCAGUAACUAGUUGAACCACUGCUUUGUAGAAUCAGAAUCUCACCAGUUGCUCAUCUAUUAUUUUGCACUCAUCCACAUAGUUGUUAAACAGCUCAAUAGAACCUAAUAUAGUGCUAGAUCUCUAUAGCUGUCUAGCUAGAUCUCUAUAGCUGUCUGGCUACAUCUCUAUACCUGUCUGGUGGUCUGAGUCUUGGAAGUGAGUAUUAAAUCUAUUAAUAGAAUGAAUUGACCAGACACUGCUUCAAGGGGUUCAAUGAAGACUUGUGUACAUCUCUGUUCUUAUUAAGACAUUAGUGACACAAUGUGACUUCUACUUGGAAUGUAAAGUAUGAUUGUUGAUUUACCUCUGUGAAAAUAAAAUUGAGUAUUUCCCUCAAGUUGUAUAGUAUUAUGAAGUAUAUAAUCUUUGAUGUUGAAUGUCAUGUGUGGACAGAAUUAAAUUAUUUAUUUGGAGAACUGA